AUGGCUUCAUUCAGCGUGAAUGUCACAGCAUGCAACACAACGAAAAUCAACGAUCCGGCAAGGGAAAACUAUGAAGUCUUCGCUCGAAUCGUUAACGGCUACUUGACAGCGAUUUGUGUCGUUUUGGGAACGAUCGGCAAUUUGCACGGGAUAAAGAGCGUACAGAAUGCGAAUUUGGAUAAAAAUCGGGGUGUCGUAUUGGCCGUUUCGAUGAUGGCGCUAGCGAUUUGGGACACGAUUUUGCUAUGGUGCGCUUUCUUCUACUAUGGCGCUAAAAAGUUGCCUGGCACGGACAACUCGGACGCGUUGACCGUCAUUCAACCCUGGUUUCACGCGUUCAGCCAAAUCGCUAACACUGCGUCGAUUUGGUGUGUCGUAGCGAUCACAACGCAACGCUACAUGGCCACUCGGGAUCCGUUUCGAUCAAAUCGAGCCACAAAAGUCGUUCAUUCUUUCCGAUCGGAUCGCCGCGUCUCCGCGCAUUCAUUUAUGCUUUGCGCCACAUAUCGUCGGCUUUUUCGUUUACCCGUUUUGUUGAGUAUUCUUGCCAUUUUGGUCAAUUUCCCAGCGUUUUUCGAGUUGGGAACAAAAGUGUGCUACCAUGUAGCCGAGAAAAGGCUUUCCUUGAAGUUACAAGUGAUGCCGUUUCGAACCGAUCCAGCCUAUUUAUUCUGGUACAAAUUGUUGUUCCGAAUGCUCGUCACAUCAAUCGGACCAAAUCUUUUCAUUCUUUUUUUCACCUUGUUAACAAUCUAUUUGUUGAAAGGGAGCAAUAAAUCGAGACGACAAUUGUUUCAUAUGAGUGACUCGUUGUUAGAUCGAUACUCGUCAAGGGAAACAAUGCAAACAUUAAUCUCAAUCAUGUUGGUCACAAAAUUUCUUCUUUUCAGAAGCCUUUCAUUUGCGAUCGACAUUAUGGAGAUCGCUGGGGUAUUCACCCAUCGCGGAGCUUAUUCCUAUUAUUUGUACAGUCUUGUCGACAUGAGCAAUUUCUUCAUUUUGCUUAACUCGGCUACGAACAGCUUGAUCUUUUUAAAGGGCUCCAAUUGGUUGAACGCAAAAAUUGUGGAGAGGAAAACGAUGAAGAGAAAGAAGACAAUUUGUGACACUGGUCAACUUUUUGGCGAACGUUUGGCACUUUUGACAAGCUCGUGGCAACAAGCACAACGAAUGACAAACGGGCAACUCGGUUUGAGGGUUCUUUACAGUAUGCUCAGGAAACACCCGGCUCUGUUCGACAUUUUUCGCACCGCCUCUUUUUACGAAUUCGCGCAGUUAAACGAGGAAAAGGAAAAAGUAACGCAAAAUGGUGCACGGCGAAGCUUCGAUUUGAUCACCAAUCCGAAUCGAAAAGAAAUGGACGCUCCAGGAAUGAGAUAUCAAGAGGUAGCUGAUCGAAUUACGAAAUUCAUCACAGAGAUUUUGGAAAUGAUGAGCACAGGACAGAGUGAACAGUUUAUAAUGCAACGAAUUCGCCGCGUGGGCGCCGUCCAUUUCGACAAGGGAAUUCACUUUUCAUCGUCCGUUUGGAGGGAAUUUAAAGCAAGUCUUCUCACGAUAAUGGCCGAGUGUGAAUAUCGAUCGAAAGAGGAACGAGAAGUGGCUUUGGAGGCUUGGGGCACUUUUGCCUCUUUAAUCAUUCGCGAGAUGAAAAUGGGUACAUGGGCGAUUGGGGACGCGAUCGGGUCGAUGAGU